GUGUGUGUGUGUGUGUGUGUGUUUUCUUGUUGAAGCCGGGGCAGUUUGCAGAUGGCUCAGAGCAGCAUCUCUCCGAGGAAAAGUCUGAAGCGCCUGAUCUUCUCCAAAAGCACCACAGACCUGCAGGAAUGCGGAGAGAAAAAGACAAGCAAGUUCCCCUCUCUGUUCAAACGGAGAGAGAAGAAGAAAGAGCAGAGAGUGGAGUCUCCUGAACCAUCAGCAGAAGACCACGAUGGAGGAGAGUGGAAUGCCGAAUCUGUUUACGGCACUGUGCCAAGGUCAAAGAAGGGGCUGUUUUCUCAUUCGGAGAUGGACCUCCGGAAACCCAAGCGCUCUGCCACAUUCACUUUUCCCUGGAAGAGGAAGAAUAAGAAGAAGAGCAGAAACCUCUCUCAGAGCUCCUCAGGUAUCAAUGUGGAUUCAGAGGUCAGAGGUCACAUCAGUGAACCAGAGGAUGAAAAGAAGAUAGAACAAACUUCCCUCAGGUCACAUGUGCACUCUGAGGUAGCUGAGAUCAGGUCAGUGGACAGCGCUGGCAGAAGCACACUAGACGAAGAUCUGGACACAGUAGAGUUUAUGCUAGCUAACGCAGACAGCGCGUCCAUUCCAUACAUUGACUCCUCGGUUUCUGGCAGUGAUGGUUACCGUACUCCUCUAGAAGGUUUUGGGAUGGGUUCUUCUCUAUCGCUUACCAUUAACGAUCAUGAAAUUGACCAAUCAUACAGCAAGUGCUGUAAAAUAAAUUCAGAACAAUUACCUGACAUCAGUAUACCUGCUACUGUUGAAGAAGGUUCCAGCUCACCUGUCCUGACCUCCACAGAGUUCUCUCACACAGAUUCCUCAAACUCACCCACCAGAAUGUUUGAAGGCCACCUCACACCAAUCAUUCCCACUCCUACCAGCACUGUGGCCUCCUCCAUCAACAGCACACUCAUAACCGGCGACCAUCCGGAAACGAGCCCUGGUGCUGAGAGCAGGGAUCACUCCCUCGCACUUCAUCAAUGGGACAUGACCAAACCGCAGCGGAUCGUAUCACCUGACUCCGCCCCACACAGGGACAGAGUCGAGAAACUGAAGGAGAUAAAUGCUAACCUGGCCAUGGGCAAUUCUGAUCAAAGCUCAAGCUCCAAGCUCAAUGAAAUCACUGAUUCUAAAAACAGACCUGUAUCACCUUACAGACCUGAGACAGGACUCCACAGAGAUCCUUCUCAUGUCACUGGCGAUACCAUUCAGGACAAUGGAACUUUUAGUAAGAAUGAGGAAAACGUGGAUCACAUUACAGAUCCUGAAUGCAUUGUAUCCAUCUCACAUGAAGUUCCUAAAGCUCCUCCUUCCUAUCCUGAAGAUCCAAAGAUCUUCCACUCAACAACAGAAAUGUACAACUCCUCUUCUGGUGUAAGUGAUAGAAAUCCAGCUUCAGUAGAUGUUCCUCUAGUUUGCUUUGACUCAGAACUCUCACCUUCAUCCGCAAGAAGAAGCAUCAUGGUAUCUGACCCUGAUCCUGCAACCUUUGACCUCUUAAGGUCCUCAUGCACCAGUGGCCUUGAGUGCCGCAAAAAAUUCUCAGAUCUGCUUUCUUAUCCUGACCAAUCAAAGCAAGAACAAGAACCAACAAUCUCCACCAGUCUCCAUCAGUCUGAGUGUAAAACUGUGAUACAUGAAACUGAUAUUUACACUUUUUGUUUAAUUAACAAUAAUUGGAAUGAGUCAGUUAACAGGAAUUUUUCAGAAGGUGAUGGAAAUGCAUUGACGUUAAAUACAGAAGAAAACCGAUUAAGUGGAGAAAGUGAAGCACCACCAGGUGAAGUCGAGCAGCAGCUUGCAGAUCUUGCUGUAAUCAGACCAGACACUCCGGUUCUGCAAGUGUGUGUGUGUGAGGAAUGUAUCACUGCCCCUCCCUGCGGUCUGCACACUGAAGUGUCAGUCACAGACUGCAAGCCAGAAACACACCCUUACGUGGAGGUAGCGCCUGGCCACUCCCAGGAGUCUGGAUCUCCAAUGCCACCAAAAUGGGAGGACCUGACAGUGGGUGGAGCAAACAGCAAUGUUGAUAGGCUCCAUGUGGAUAGAGACAACAUCAAUACACAGGAGCCACAGAAACGAUCUGUCACCUGUUACCCAGUACAGAGAUCUGAAUCUGCUGAGCCACAAGGACUACCAGAGACCGGAGACACUUUCCAACAAGUUCAAGGACGACACAUUAGCGCUGAUCAAGAGCACCAAGACGCUAAUGAGAAUCUCAUCCUCUGGUCAGAGAACGUAGAUGAGGGGAGCAGAGACGGUUGUGGAAUCUUCAGGGAAGGAAACCAGACUCAGGAAGGGAUCGCUGCUUACAUCAGAGAGUGUGGUGAGGAAGAGGACGAUCAUCAGGAGAGGACAGUGUGGACUUGUCAGGCUGCACCGAGAUACACUCCACACCAGUUCCCUCAUGCCGUCUCUGGUCUCAAAGUAAUUGAAGAGUCUGAACCCAUAGAGAUUCCCGUAGAAACUGGUCCUGAAUCAGAUACGGACAUGAGCGUGUCUCAUGUUGGGGUGCUGAGCACCACAUUAACUCUGAGGCCCAAAGUGUCUCAUGAAGGACGAGACAACAGCAAAAAAGUGCACAAGGUGUCGCUGGUAAACAACAGCAGCAGCACCAACAGCUCUGUGCUUCAUGUGCAUGGUGUGGAUGAGCUCGAAAAUGGGGUUAAGAAGGACGUCGUGGACAAUGGAACCAGAUUCGAGGCGGUCAACGACUGGAAGCCGAGGUACAGCGAGUACCGUCUUUAUGAUGGAGAAUCGAGAGCUUAUUUAUCGGACGGUUCAGAGUCUGAGGUGUCAGGUAGCACACCCCUGUAUUCUUCACACUCCAGCAGCACCCAGUAUAAAUCAACCAUGUACUCCUCCUCACCCUCCUUCUCUUCUGAGCAAAAGUGGGAACCCCUCCCCUCAGCCGUCUCCCUGGACACCGCUGGUAGCCUCAGUAACACUACCUGGCGGAAUGUGAGGAGUGAAGUCCAGGAGAGCGAUGAGAGGCAGACAGGUGGGAGGAGCUGGGCGGGGCUUGCUGCACCUGUUGAGGAGAGGGGGGUGAAAGGAGAGGGAGGAAUAACAAACACAGACUCGCAUUACAGCAGUGAGGAGACGGACGGAUUUCUCUCCGGCAUCUUCAAGGCGACUCGUGUGGAGCUUUCCCCCACUGAGCCUGAUCGGGAACCCAUCACCUCUCCACAUGACAUGGACACCCUGAUAGACACGCUGAAAAGCAUGGCUCCUCCUGUUCGACACCGGCCCCUACGCAGCUCCAGUCUGACUUUCUCAUCUCUGCCUCCGAUUGUUGAAGACACCACCAGCCCUUCUCCUCAUAGGACCAGUCUGACUUCCAACCUGAAUUCUAACCUGAAUUCCAGCCUGUCUUCUAACCUGAAUUCCAGCCUGACUUCUAACCUGACUUCCAGCCUGACUUCUAACCUGACUUCCAGCCUGACUUCUAACCUGACUUCUAACCUGACUUCCAGCCUGACUUCCAGCCUGACUUCCAGCCUGACUUCUCAUGCACCUACACAACCUCAGAACAGCCUGCCUCCAGACCUGGGGUUGAACUGGAGCUCAAAGGAUAUGCGUUCUCCUCUUGCAAUGAUGAGCAUGCUAAAGGAGCAGCAGUCUCAGGACGUUCAGGGACGCACACUACCCUUAGCGCCAAGAGCUUCAGCUCUCAGUAGCCUCUACAUGCGCAAGAACUCGCUUCCAAAUCUCAGCCUGGAAGAAGGAACUCAAGUUAACAGUAUUUUGGGAACCUCUCGUCUGGACCACAGCCUGCUGUUUUCCACUUACCGUUCUGAGCAGAAGGAAGAGAAUGGCAAGCUGUCAGGUCAGCGGACUCUUUACCGAGCGGCCUCUUUGCCUGAGGUUAAUUCCGGACACGACUACCUCAGCAGGAUUUCCAAGGCUCCGGACCCUCUGGGGUCUGCAGGUUCCACUUAUGAUCUGUCCUAUCUCACGUCACCUCCAAGCUCCCUUCCAGGGUUGAUCGAGACGUCUCGUAUCAGCAGGAGCCCUUUGGUCAUCAGCAGCCCCACUGCUGAGAGCCCUACCUCCAUCUUAACCCCUCCUGUGUUGCACAGCCUGUUACCAGAGUCACCUGUUAAACCCCAAAGCCUGCAGUUGAACCUCGACUUCGGCUCACCUUCCAUCGGAUCUGUCGGAUCCCCCGUCCAUAACGGCAUUGGAAACAUCGGUGUCACCCAGCAGCCUGAACCAGACAGGAACCUCCUGGCCAAGUACAAAGCCUUCCCAGAUGCCUAUCUCACUAAAGAGAAAGAACACGGCAAACUGAACCCUCGACCUGGGAAGAUGUAUAUAUACAGUCGUCCAGGAUGGCGUGGACAGAGGAUCGAGGUGAAGGGAGACGUGAUGGACACUACAGAUUGGGAGUUUCCAGAAACCAUCUCCAUUAGAGUGGUCCGGGGAGGCUGGGUUUUGUACGAGAAGCCGGACUUUAAAGGAGAGAAGUUUGCGCUGGACGAAGGCGACAUCGAGCUGACCAACCCGUUCAGACCGCCGGAGGACGAGCCCAGAGCCGAGCAGAACGGAGAGCAGGAGAACGGAGAACCCAACCACCCAGAAUCGAGACGUUUCGUCAUUGGGUCACUGCGCAGAGCAGUGAGGGACUACAGCGUUCCUGAGAUCUGCCUCUUCCCCGAGGAGAACGCUGAGGGAAAGAAAGUGGUGUUCAGGGACACGUCACAGGACGCACGAAUCUACGGCUUCCCCGUUAAAGCCAACUCCAUCAUCAUCAACGCCGGCCUGUGGCUGGUGUUCGCAGAGCCGUUUUUCCAGGGCGUCCCGCGGGUCCUGGAGGUCGGAGGCUUCCCAAAUCCUGCUGCCUGGGGCGUCACCCAGGCCUACGUCAGCUCCCUGCAUCCUCUCAAAAUCGGAGAACCCAGAGUGGAGCGACCCAACGAGCCGAAACUGGUGAUUUAUGAUAAACCAUAUUUCAUGGGGAAAAGCCGAGAGAUUUA